UAGUAAGACCGGCGCAGCCUUUUUAAAUAAAGUUUUCUGAGUCAAAUUUCGCAGGCAUGCUUGGAUCUGCGCAUGUUCUGCUGACGACACACACGUGGACGACAUGGCGAGUGAUCAGGACGAAGUUAUGCUGGACCAAGCUCAGGUGAAGAAGGCUGUGCAGGCAUUGCAGGCUUACCUUAAGAGCACAUCCACGUCCGAGUCUCUUCUACUGAAUGAAAGCCAGCACAUCUCCUUGCUCUUCACGCUAUGGAGGAUCCCAAAAAAGGAACAAACCAUCCGCAUCCCUUUGCCACAUGGCAUGCGCACAGACACAGCAGAGGUCUGCCUCUUCACUAAAGAUGAGCCGAACAUGACUGGAGACCAGACCGAGCGCUUCUACAAGAAGCUGCUGACUGUGAAGGGGGUUGAAAGAAUCACUGAGGUGAUCCCUUUCAAGGUGCUUAAGACUGAAUACAAGCCAUUUGAAGCCAAGCGAAGGUUACUGGGGAAUUUUGACCUCUUCUUGGCGGAUUCACGCAUUUACCGCCUCCUGCCCUCUCACAUCGGCAAACACUUUUACGAGAGCAAAAAGGCUCCCCUCUCUGUGGACCUGCAGAGUAACCAGCUGGCCCGGGACCUCCAGCGGCUCAUCCAGGGCUCCGCGCUGAAGGUCAGCAAGAAGGGCAGCUGCUGCAUGGCCCGUGUGGCUCAUUCAGGUAUGACGGCUGACGAGGUGGUGGAAAACAUCAUGGCUGCAGUCAGCACUAUUGCAUCCAAGCUACCCCUGAAAGGACAGAGCAUCAAGAUCAUACACCUGAAGAGCCAGUCCUCUGUAGCUCUGCCCAUCUACACCUCUAACCUGAGUCACCAGGUCCUGGUGGAGGAGGCUGCUGCCAAGACUGACUCUCCUAAGAAGGCGAAGAACAAAGCAAAAAAGAAACAGGUUCAACAUCCCGCUGGAGAAAAGCAGCCUUCAGAUGAGGAGAUUCCACAGCUGGUUCCCAUUGUGUCUCCAAGCAAAAAGGCCAAGCUGGAGACUCCAUGCACAGAAGGCCUUGAGAAGGCACCCAAGUCUCCGAGAGUGAAAGCAAACAAGAAAAGCCCGUCUUCCAGAAGACCUUCCUCACAGGCCAACAGCAAGCCUGGCACUCCGGCCACAAAGGCGCCCAAAGGGGGUGUGCCAGGCGAAGGACUGAAGCAGAAGACCCCCAAGAUGGGCAGAGGAACCCCUGGAAAAAUCAAAUCCGCCAAAUUGGCAAAAUCUGCUAAGAAGGCACCAAAAACCCCAACACAGAAACGGAUUAAGAAAGUGCCUCAGUCGUGUUGACACCCUCAGAGGAAAAGGGUUACCAGAUCUUUGGACUUACAGUAGGGGGGAGGGGGAGGGCAGGUGCUCAUUUAUCUGUACAUGCACAGUUGUUGAAUUAAAUGGAUCACGCUUUCA